GACGGAGAAGAAGAAGCUAGCGUAGGGCUAAUUUGCGCGUCACGAGGAGCAGUGGCUAGCCUCUGACAGAAGAACACUCGGCGGUCACGCAUACCAAGGAUCAAUGAUGUGGCCACUUUAUAUCUGCCCGCCUUCACGCACGCAUGUACUAUAACCAUCAAGCAGUAGUGGCCCCUUCUUCCAGCUCUUCUUGGCUGCUACGGUGACACUCUCUGUGGAAUAGAUACACCUCGCGAUGAAAAUGGCGAGGGCCCUGCUUGUCGCCCUUCUUCUUGUCUCGUGCUUUGUGGCGCUUGGCCUGUCCGGCCGCGCCGAUGCGGCGGCCGAGAGGAAGACCGUCGGUGUCUACGAGCUCAACAAGGGGGAUUUCUCCAUCAAGGUCACCAACUGGGGUGCCACCCUCAUGUCCGUGAUUCUCCCCGACUCGAGAGGAAACUUUGGGGAUGUGAUCCUGGGCUACGAUACGGUUGCUGAAUACAUGAAUGGCACCGCCUACUUCGGAGGGCUGAUCGGCCGCGUCGCCAACAGAAUCGCCAACGCCCGGUUCACGCUGGACGGGAAAACCUACCGGCUGGUUCCCAACGACGGCAACAACACGCUGCACGGUGGUCACCGGGGAUUCGACAAGGUCGUGUGGACGGUGAAGGAGCAUGUCGCCGGCGGCAGCUCGCCCUUCAUCACUCUCUACUACCAUAGCUUCGACGGAGAGCAAGGGUUUCCGGGCGACGUGGACGUGCACGUGACGUACCAACUCUCGAGCCCGCACGUGCUGAGCGUGCGCAUGAACGCGACGGCACGGGGCAAGGCCACCCCAGUGAACCUGGCGCACCACGCCUACUGGAACCUCGGCGGCGACGGCAGCGGCAACGUCCUUGGCGAGGAGGUCCGCCUCUUCGCCUCCCGGUACACGCCUGUGGAUGCCUCGCUCAGCCCGACGGGCCGCAUGGCGUCCGUGGCUGGCACACCCUACGACUUCCGCACGCCGGCCGCCGUGGGCUCGCGCAUCGGCGGCCUCCUGAGCCGGGGCGUCAACGGGUACGACAUCAACUACGUCGUCGACGGCAGGGGCCUGCGCCCGGUAGCGGUCGUCCGGGACGGCGCGUCCGGCAGGGCGAUGGAGCUGUGGGCGGACCAGCCCGGGGUGCAGUUCUACACGGCCAACGGGCUCAGCGGGGUGAGGGGGAAGGGUGGCAAGGUCUACGGCCACUACGGCGCGCUCUGCCUGGAGACGCAGGGGUUCCCCGACGCCGUGAACCGCCCGAGCUUCCCGUCGCAGAUCGUCCGGCCGGGGAAGGUGUACAAGCAUGACAUGGUGUUCAAGUUCUCCUUCUAGUAACUACUAGCUGGUGGUAUCCAAGGUCCCGUGGUUGGUCGUUUGUCAGGCAACACAGCCACUCUUGUGUUUUGUGUACUGUGUGAAUUUGAUCGGCUGAGCUUCAAGGGGAGGAAUAAAAGCAUGUUGCUGGUUCAAGGUUUUUUCA